AUGGAGAAACUGAAGCCGGUAGCAACCGGUGCUGGCCGCGUCAGUCCGUUGACCUUUCAGCUGAAAAGUACAUGGGAGGAGGCAAAAGAACACGAGAAAGAUAUUUGCAUUGACAAGGCUACUGAAGCUUGUACUCUCGUUUGUGACAUCAUUGCGCCGAAGGCCCAAAUUCUAAGCCUAUAUGCCUAUCGAUAUCCAGUGAAGACCCUUCAGAAAAUCCACGAGCCAUACUCAAAGUUAAGCGAGUGGCAAAUUAGACGCGCUAGAGCUCAUGCAAGAGAGUGUGGUCCAGGUUCUAUGGUCGAAAAGUCCCCGUGUCAUCGAGUUCGACUGCCACCAAUAAAGCUUGACCAUUUCUUAGACUUCGCGAACCGCCCUUACUUUUAUCAAGACGUGUCAUUUAGUACGAGGAAACUGAGGCUCAGCAGUGGUGAGAAGAUCACAAUGCCAAAUGUCAUUCGCAAAGUCACAAGGUCAACAAUGGUCAAGCAGUACCUUCAGUUCUGCGAAGAAGAACAGUUUGAACCACUAAGCCGUUCAACCCUAUUUCGCAUCCUCGAGGUAAGGGAAGCCACUCAACAGAAGUCCCUUAGUGGCCUGGAUAACACAGCAGCUGACGGGUCGGCGGGGUUCGUGGAACUCCUCCGAAUAGUGGAGGAGCUUGAUCAGAUUGGGCUCGCAAAGAACGUGGCAGACGAACUGCGGAGAGCCCUCAGCGAGGGUAGGAGGUACCUCAAAACCCAGUUUCAGAGUCACUGCCAGGAAGAUGAGAGCGAAUGUCCCGACCACUGUCGUAAGUUUGGUCUCAGCGAUCCAAACGAUCCCGAUUUCCAGGAACAAUGCUCACAUCAACACACGCUUCUCUGCCCUCAAUGUGACGAGAUUACUUCCGUUUUGCAGAAGAUGCAACAGAUUGUUAAGGAUAACAAAACCUUAAGUUUUUACAGCGAGGACCAAAAAAAGUGACUUGUUGUACGACAUCCAGAAAUCUUCAGAGGCUAUCGUCCAUUGGAAAGCUCACAUUAUGAGAUCCGUGAAUCAGGAAUGUGCAAAGCAAGAUAUUAUCGCAAAGCUUGACCAGACUUCGUGUCUUCUUGUUAUAGAUUGGGCCAUGAAGUUUCUGCAGCUGCGCUAUAGAGAGAAGCAAAGUGACUGGUACGGAAAAAGAGGGUUAAGUUGGCACAUUAGUAGCGUUGUGUCUCGAAGCAAGUCUAACACGACGGAAGUCAUCUCGUACGCUCAUCUCUUUGAUCAGUGUACUCAGGACUGGUAUGCAGUUACGUCAAUUCUCGAAGAUCUUCUAAAGCAGCUGAAAGUCAAGAAUCCUUUGCUGCAGAAAGUCCAUCUAAGGUCAGAUGAAGCCGGUUGCUAUCACAACAGCUCCCUAGUAACCGCUGUGAGAGAUGUCGCAAAAGCAGUUGGGGUUGAUGUUCAUAGUUAUCACUACUCGGAGCCGCAGUCUGGUAAAGAAAUUUCCGAUCGUAUCCUCUGUCCAAUGAAGUCCUCU